AUGCUUCGACUGUCGUUAUUUUUGCUGGUGGCAGUCGUCGUAUUGUCCAUUUCAGAAGUGAAAUCCCAGCAGCCAUCAAAUGACUCAGCCGAGCCUAGCCUUCUACCACCGCUGGCUUUCUCAGUGCCCGAAUCGGCUCCAAUCGGACAUCACAUUGGCUAUGUUGAGGGAAGUCCACAAAGUGGCACCGAUUCACGAUAUUUUAUUGUUUCCACCGAUCCUGAUAAAACUGACACAGCAAUUCAUAUCGAUGAACGAACGGGUGAGAUAACUGUUGGAGCAGGAUUGGAUUAUGAAACACAAAGACGAUUCGAGCUUGUCGCCAUCCCAAUUGGAGGGGAAGCUGGGAUCCCAGUGACGGUGAAUGUAGAAGAUGAAAACGAUAAUGAGCCGACGUUUACACAGUCGGAUGUUCGACUUGAGAUCAGCGAAUUUGUUCGAAUUGGCGCUGAAUUCCCGCUUCCAUCGGCUGUCGAUCGGGAUGGACCACCGCUUGAUGUACGGACAUAUAAAAUUAUCCAGGGAAAUGUGAACAAUGUUUUCAAAUUGUCGACAAAACGAGUCAACAAUGUGCUUUAUGCGGAUUUGAUGGUAAAUGGGAGAUUGGAUCGAGAAUAUCGAGAGAGUUAUGAGCUUCUUGUUGAAGCAUCUGAUGGAGGAAAUCCACCGAGAACGGGAGAGCUUCAUGUUUCCAUUUUGAUCCUUGAUGCAAACGACAAUGCACCUGAGUUCUCUGAAAAGAUCUAUCAUGCUAUGAUCGAUGCGAAUCAUCCAGUGGAAAAAAAACCGAUUCUUGAAGUAAAAGCUCUUGACAAAGAUUCUGCACAUAAUGGACAAGUCUCUUUUCGAAUUGCCCAGCCAGCUUCAUCUGUCGGCCGAUUGUUCUCAUUGUCGUCAAAUGGCGUGCUCACGAGGAGGCUAAAGACGACUCUCCCAUCCGGCACUUUUGAGUUUCCUGUAAUUGCUUCCGAUCAUGGAAUGCCUCCACAAGAGUCCAGUGUUGUGGUGUCAGUGACGGUGGAAGGUGGUUCAAGCAGAGCUCCAUCUCUUGAUGUUCUUUGGCUCACCGAUCACACUGAGCCUCGACUUCUCGAGAAUGCGACUCUUGGAUCAAUCGUUGCUCGUGUGAAUGUUACAAAUUACGAUCAACAACACGGAGGUUUGGAAUUGAGUGGAUGCACGUCAUUAUGUCUUCAACAAUCUCAACAUCCAUUUGUUUAUCUUCUAAUCAUUUGUGGUCUUUUGGAUAGGGAAACCACUUCAACAUAUCAUUUGAAAUUUGUUCUUAAGAAGGGAAAAGAUGUCAUUCUUGAACAUCCCGUUGUGCUCACAAUUGAAGAUGUCAAUGAUAAUUCACCACAAUGGACAAAUAAGAAUUAUCAUCUCAUAUUAAAUAGAACUCUGUCAUUUACAGACGUUGAUGCCGGGAAUAAUGGCCGUUUACAUUAUUGGAUUGAAGGCACUGAUGUGAUAGGAAUUGAUGAAGACACCGGUCGAAUACAUUAUGCGACUGAGCUCGAUUGCUCGAUUGGCUCAGAGUUACGCUUUCGAGUGCACGCUUCCGAUAGAGGAAAUCCACCAUUAUCUGGAAAUAUUCAAAUAACUGCUGAUAUUGUCGAUUCAGCCGGUAAAGCGCCACAGUUUGAGCGAGCUUUAUACACGGAAAGGAUUCGAGAAGAUGUCGAAGUUGGGACUUGUGUCUUAAAGAUGGUAGUCGAUUAU